AUAAUUUUAAGGUUUAAUAUUUAUAUGCCAAUUCUGAAUGCAUUGGAAAAUUAGAACUCAUUUUGUAUUGUUUAAGCAAUAGAUAACUGAAGAAAAAUUCACAAAAUAUGAAGUCAUCUACAGAAUCAGAUAGUUCAACUGUAGCUGAGCUAAAUCAAGGUUUAGCUGCCAUUUCAAUUGAUGAUUCUGAGCGAGAUGCCAGUAAAAAUGCAUCGAAACCAAGUGAUGAAUCGAAAAAAGAAACGGAACCACUGUUGCCGUUAAAAGUGUGCUACGAAUGGAAAGAUAUAACACAAGAAUUUUUUGAAUCAGUCAAAGAGCUUCAAUUGGGCGAAUUGGUGCAUCAUCAGAAAUUAUUUGGCCUUUUCGAAGCAAUGUCAGCCAUUGAAAUGAUGGAUCCAAAAAUGGAUGCGGGAAUGUGUUGCAAUAAAAAUCCAGGCGGUCCACUUACCUUUGAAACUGCCGUCGAAACAAAAAAAAUGAAACUGGUUUCAUUUGAACCAAGCGAAUUGAUUGGCAUAAUGGACGGCAUCUAUGCAUGUUUGAUUUCAUGGUUGGACGGUCAUUCAUUGGCUCAAACAAUGUUCACCUGCUUAUAUUUACAUCAGCCACAUUGCAUUGAAGAUAAAACGUUGCGAGCAUUUUGUUGUGCCAUGCAUAAAUUAACACAAAUCAUACGAAAAUUUGUGCUACACGCAAAAGUGUACGAAGAAGAAGAUUUUGAUCCUCGGGACUAUGGUUAUGUAUUGACGCCAGACAUUGUAAAUACCAAAGCAUGUUUUAUGCUAAAAGAAGCUGAAGAUGAACUAACCAAACAAUUAAAAGCCACCCCUGACGGAAACGAGGGACUGCAAGGAAUAAUUGGCCGAUUAAAAUUUCUGAGACUGUUUUUGCAAGCAUUGUCAGCGUUAGCACCCAGCAAAAGUGUAUCGCCAAAUGAACAAGAGAUGAAUGAAAUCGUUCGACUGCUAAAUGGUGCGGCUGAUCUCAUUCCACUAAUCAAACGAACAAUUAGCCUAGGCACUCAACCAGACCCCGACGAUGACGCACCAAAUCCAAUGGGCUUUUCGCCAACAGUCAAUCAACGUGUUUUGCCACCGACAUUCCCUCGUUACACUAAAAUUAAAGCGAGAGAUUUUAGCAUUGCAUUUCUUGAAGAAUUGGUGCAUCGCACAAAGCAGGCCUGUAAAAUAGUGCACUGUGUCAACUACCAUAGUGCAUUGAAUUUCUUCAUUGAAUUCAGCAAAAAGUCAGGACCGUGCCUCUUAUCCCGUAGCAUUUUGCAAUGCUUAUAUUUUCCACAACCAAAUUCAGUGUUUGGUGUGACGCCGGUGACGGAAAUGCUUCGCGAUUCGGUAAAGUUAUUUUGUGCUCCAACCGUCUUAGUACUUCGGAAUAAUUUCACAUCGAGUGCUCAGGUGAAAUUUUGCAUUGAAACCUUCUUCAAAUACUGCAUGAACAUGUACUCGUUUGUGAUGUUUAUCCAAAUUUGCGGCUACAAUCGUGCUCGGCAACGCGACAAAUUGGCACGGCUAUUAGAUGAUUUUGCAAGUCUACAAGACGAGGCGGAACGUGUUGAUACAUAUUUGUGUGACUUAAAUCCAGAUGAAGCUGAUCGUCGGCCAUACUUCAGCACAUGGGUGUUAUAUCAUUGCCUUCGUGCAAUGGCAAUGUACUUGUUGUCCGGACUAGAGUUGGAACUCUAUAGCGUGCAUGAAUAUAUGUAUAUUUAUUGGUACUUAUCGGAUUAUCUCUAUAAUUGGAUUAUAACAACACUAACUAGAGCUGAAUGUUUAGCUGAUCAAAUGCAAAAACCAUCGACUAAAUCAAAAAAACCAAAAGCCAAAAAGAAAUCUAUGAAACUAUACGGUCGUGAAGUUAUGUUUAGCCAGGCAUUGAAAAACAUGUUCUCCGGUUAUUAUAAUGCAUUGGCUGGUUUCACCAAAGACGAUCGUAUUCCACAGCCACUUUCAAUAUUUGACAAUGAACGUGUUCGAUUUGAUCAUCGUUUUGCUCCAUUUUUUGGGCUCACAACACCACCACCGGUCUCGUACAAUCAAUUCAAAGAAUAUCGAAGCUAUACGCUGAAUCGGUCGUCAAUGAAUUUGUAUUUGGAUGCCAGUAACUAUUUCCAUAGGGCCAGAACUAUUUUGGAAGUAAUUCCAAAUGCUGACGCUGAGAUUAUCGACAUAAUCAAAAUAGCGAAGAUCAACUAUGUUGUAAUGAACCUGCUAGCGAAUGGACACAAAAAAGACUCAAAAUGUCCACCGGAAUUUGAUUUUUCGAUACAUAAAUACUUUCCAACAAUUAAACAAAACUAGAACCGCAAAUACAAAAAUGAAGUGAAUUGGUUUUUCUGAUCUGAAAAUGAAUAAAAACACAAAAAGAAUUGCA